UGGCAACACGCACUCGGCCAGGCUGUCAGGAACAAGAUCAAGACCACUCAGCUGAUGACCCAAACACUGCAGGACGCUGUUCUCCAGGUAGCAGCAGAUGGCAAAGAUGUUGACGGCUCAUGGGAGGCACUUGGGGAGAUGUGUGGUCCAGUUAUCUUCACCUUCCCAGCAGACAGCAGGCUUGGGGAGAGGAGUGGCAAUGUGUCGGCUCCACAGCAGCCCAGUUUGGUGCAGUACCUUUGACGUGAAGAGUGACGAUUACCAGUACAUCCACAAGUCCAAAAUACCAACGAUGCACUUCCAGAAAUCUCUGCUGAGGCUUCCAAUCCCAGCUUUGGACAAGACAUGUGAACGUUACCUCAGGUCGCAGAAAGUCAUAUUAUCAAGUGAAGAAUAUCAGAGAACAGAGAAGUUUGUGACCCAGUUUAAAGAGGGAAUUGGAGCAACCUUACAGUUUCAGCUGAAAGAUAUUGACAAGGCAAAUAAACACACCAGCUACAUCUGUGGUCCUUGGUUUGACAUGUACCUGAGUGAUCGUGUUCCCGUCGUCUUGAAUUAUAACCCCUUCUUGGCGUUCCAUCCUGAGGAGCGGCCAGGGUUGUCAGACCCUGUGAUCCGUGUUACCAACACAUUGGUGUCGUCUCUGAGGUUCAUGCGUUCAUUACGAGAUAGUGUGUUGGAACCUGUUGUGUAUCACCUCAAUCCAGCUAAGAGCGACACACCCAUGUUUCGCAAAAUUGUCAGAUGGACACCUUCUGCUAUUUCAUCUUAUGCUGCAUAUGCACAGAAGGCCUUUCCUCUGGACAUGUCUCAGUUUGGCAAUAUGUUCAACUCCACUCGCAUCCCAAAGCUUGGCAAGGAUGUCCUUCGCACUUAUCCCAAGGCACGCCACAUGCUGAUCAUGAAAAAUGGACACUUUUAUGUCUUUGAUGUGCUUGACAAAGAUGGUAACAUCUUGUCACCUGAGCACAUUCAUGCAUGUGUAUCCUACAUCUACAAUGACCAGACACCUCCAGCCAAACGCUCCAUUGCCAUAUUCACUACGGAGAACAGAGAUACCUGGGCCAAGUGUCGUGAUGAGUUAGUGGAAGCAGGAAAUGAAGCUGCUCUGGAUGUCCUUGAUGCAGCUGCUUUCAACAUUGUGUUUGAUGAGGCGAUUCUCGGCGACGACCCUAUAAAGACUUAUCACACAUUCCUUCAUGGUGACGGUAACAAUCGGUGGUUUGACAAGUCCUUCUCCCUGAUCUGCACGGCUGAUAGUCAGUUGGCACUCAACUUUGAACACGGGUGGGGGGAUGGAGUGGCAGUCAUGAACUACUUCACUGAAAUAACAAAGGACCUUGCCAACAGACCUUCAAUCAACUCUGACAGCAGACCUGCCCCCAUUGAUGCUUCAAAACUUGUCCGCAGGCUGGAGUUCACAUUGACUCCAAGCCUAGAAGCAGCCAUAGACAAAGCUCACCAGAGUUAUGAGGCCAACACGAGUGCCCUUAAAUGUGAUGUGCUAGAACCACAAUUUUUUGGAAAGAAACUGUGCAAGAAAAACAAAUUAUCUCCUGAUGCCCUUAUGCAACUUGGACUACAGGCAGCUUACUACCUUCAAAAUGGUGAAACUGUCCCCACGUAUGAGUCAUGCAGCACGGCAGCUUUCAAACAUGGCCGCACAGAGACCGUCCGCCCUGCCACGCUGGAGACCCAAGCUUUCUGCAAGGCCAUCACCCAGGCACAACUCCCAAGUCAUUCUGAACUCAAGAAAUUGAUGAUGGAAUGCUCAAAAAUGCAUGGCAACUUGACCAAAGAGGCAGCUAUGGGGCAAGGUUUUGAUAGGCACCUGUUUGCAUUGCGGAAACUAGCAGAGGCUAGUGGCUCCCCUAUGCCAGACAUUUUCACUGAUCCUGCAUAUGCCAAGAUAAACCACAUCAUCAUCUCCACCUCAACUCUGCCCUCAGAUGAAAUUGGUUUUGGAGGAUUUGCACCUGUAGUCAGGAAUGGCUUAGGUGUUGGGUACCAUAUUCGGGACGACCAUUUGGCCUUUGGUGUUUCCACAUACCCUCCUCACCGUGAUGGGCCUGGCUUUGUUGAAUGUGCUACAAAGGCAUACCAGAUAAUCCAAGAUGUGCUCACAAAGGAAUAAUGUAAGAGUCAUUAUAGCCUACAUUCAGAGAUGACAUGUAAGUGAAAGUGAACAAGAAAAUAGGGCAGUGAAUUAUAUUUAUAGUGUAGAUUUUCAUUGUCUUAACCCCUUCAUGCCCACAGCAUAUGCAUUUACAUUCACAUAGACCUCACUCCUGCACCCCAGAAUAUGUACCCUUUCAUUACAACUUACUUCUUAUAUAGAGGAGUAGUUUCUUGAUCCAUAUUAUGCAUCCUUAGAUGAUGUUAUUUGGCAAUAAGCAAAGAAUAAGGUCUGCCCUCCAACUAAUCACAACAUAGAGACCUCAUGAGCUGGUACAUCUCAGCUUACCACAUCAGUGAUGAUGAUUAAUAAGUAUAUUUAGUUUUCCCCAAGAUACAAGCAAGAGAGAAAUACUUCCUGGUUUCGUCUUUGCCUCGCCAUAUUGCAUAAUGUUUCUUUAUUUCGUACAUAAUUUCAGUCAUGUUGCAUGACUCUGACACAUCAUAUGUGCCAUGGUAUUUGAGCAAAGCUAAGAGUAACAGUGAAUGAGUCAUCAUUCAGUCAAUGAGAGAGAAUUAUGGGAAGAAGAUGAGUUGCUGGAAGAGUAGAUGAAAAUUUUUGGUGUACAUACUUGAUGAUGGCCAGCUUGAUGUCACACCUGUGUUCUGUGACACAGCUUGGAGCUUACCAUUGCUAGUUGUAUGUCUGUGUUCAGACAUUUUCUUGUCUUCUUGCCCUCAGCUUACAGUAAGUAGGCACCACUACACGUAUUGUUGUCGUAUUUAUCACCAUGAUCUCACCAAACUCACUUUUACAUCUGUUUUAUUACUAUAUACAACAAAUACAAAUAUUCACAGACAGAUAUGUGUCAAAACUGAAUUUUUUGUUGUAUUUAUUGUAUUUUUGGAGAAAGGAAUCAAACAUCCUUCUGGUAAGGCAAAAUAAGAAUAUAAUUGAAGAUAUUUUCAACACAUGUUUACAGCUAAAAAGAUGGUCAUGGGGGAGCAGUGUGACACUGUCUGGCUUGGGCAAGAAGGGGUUAAUUAGUUACAUUUUAAAUGUAGGUAUAGUGGAUAUGUUGAUGUUUUAAGCCACAGGGUGUGAUAGUACAACUGACUCUGCAAUGAAUUUAUGCCAAUUUUGUUUUGUUUUCAAAUUUAAAUUUGUAGUACCUGGUGUUUUAAUUAAUGUUGAUAAAUUUUACUGAAUUGAAAAUUGUCUGAAGUUUACUAUUUUAUUUCAUGUACCAGAUUGACAUCAUACUUGAAAAGAGACAGCCAAGGCAAGAUAUCAUACCUUAUUUCAUUAUGUUACAAAAAAUGUCCAUUUAAGCUUUUUAUUGUGCUCUCACAUUAGUUAGGAAUGAAAAUUACACACACACACACACACACACACACACACACACACACACACACACACACACACACACACACACACACACACACACACACACACA